GAAAAUAUUUGUGUCAGUUUAAUCUGGCGUCUUCAUUCGAAAGCACGAAAAUGUUGUCGCUUGUGCAAACGAUUCUGCUGGCCUUUGUUGCUGUUCUAAUCGGAUAUUUGUACAAUAUCUACACCUAUUGGAAGAGACGUGGCGUUGUGUACGAGAGACCAUGGCCGUUGUUUGGAAACUUCUGGGGAAUCGGGACCAAAUAUCACAUCCGUGAAAUAAAUCAACGUUUGUAUCGGAAAUUCAAGGGCCAGGCCCCGUUUGUGGGUACCUAUAUGUUUGUGCGCCGUGCCAGUUUGAUAAUCGAUUUGGAUUUGAUUAAAAAUAUUUUGAUUAAAGACUUUGCCAAUUUCCAUGAUCGUGGGGUGUUCAAUAAUGUGGAAGAUGAUCCGCUGACGGGUCAUCUGGUGGCGCUGGAGGGUGAGCAAUGGCGUGCCAUGAGAACAAAACUCUCACCAGUAUUCACCUCGGCUCGCAUGAAAUACAUGUUCUCCACGGUGGUGAGAGUGGGUGAAAAUCUCCAUAGGGUCAUGGGAGAAAUGCUGAGCGAGAGGUCCGAUCAGAUUUUGGAAAUAAAAGAUGUGUGUGCCCGUUUCACCACCGAUGUCAUUGGCACUUGUGCCUUUGGCAUUGAAUGCAAUAGCCUGAGAGAUCCUGAUGCCGAAUUUCGCCAAAAGGGUAAGGAUAUUUUUGGUAAGCCGCGACACAGUCCCCUGGUGCAGAUAUUCACCAUUACAAACAGCAAUCUGGCCAAGAAGUUGCAUAUGAAGCUCUUUCCGGAUGAUGUGGCCGAUUUCUUUAUGAGCGUGAUACGUCAAACUGUGGAAUAUCGUCAGAAAAAUAAUGUCAAAUGUAAUGACUUUAUGGAUCUGCUAAUUGAAAUGAAGGCCAAAAAUGAGGAAGAGGCCAAAGCGGGUAAAGGUAUUGAUUUGUCACUGGGCCUGACCCUGGAACAAAUGGCUGCCCAGACAUUUGUUUUCUUCCUGGCCGGGUUUGAGACCUCAUCGACCACCAUGUCAUUUGCCCUCUAUGAACUGGCCAAGCAUCCAGAGGUCCAGGAGCAGCUGAGAAAGGAAAUUCGGGAGAGUCUGGAGAAGACCAAGGGAGAACUGACCUAUGAGUCGUUGCAUGAAAUGCAGUAUUUGGAACAAGUGAUUGCUGAAACCCUACGCAUCUAUCCUGUCCUACCCAACCUUAUACGCCUUACCAAAUCUGACUACCAGGUACCGAAUACCAAUCAUGUCCUGGAAAAAGGCAUUAUGACCGUCAUACCCGUUCAUGCCAUACACCAUGACCCCGAGUACUACGACAAUCCGGAGGAAUUCCGCCCCUCACGUUUCACCCCCGAGGAAUGUUUGAAACGCCAUCCCUCGGCUUAUUUACCAUUUGGUGAUGGUCCCCGCAAUUGCAUUGGCAUGCGUUUUGGAAAAAUGCAAACCAAAAUCGGUUUGGUAUCCCUGCUGCGACACUAUCGUUUCGAGUGUUCUCCCCUCACCGAAAUUCCCCUCGAAAUGGAUAAGAGGAAUUUCUUGGCGGCCACUAAAAAUGGAAUAUUUUUGAAAGUUAUACCAUUGUGAGAUUGUUGUAGGGGGUUCUUUUUAUG